CUCUCACCAAGCUUGGACAACGUCGUUCGCUGCCUUUGAGCUUCGAGCCAGCAGCGAUGAAGGCCUUCACCCCUCUCAUUUCUUUUUUCUUGCUCAUUUCUCUGGUGCACGCUCAUGGAUACGUGAAGGCGAUUGCCAUUGACGGACAGUGGUAUGCUGGCAACCAACCGAAUAAUUACGAAGGUCCCAGUCCAAUUCGUCUAAUCGCAGACAUUGGGCCGGUCAAAGGUGCAACAAAUCCCGACAUAGUCUGCGGUCUCAGCGCGCAGAAGGCCGCAAUGGUAGUACCUGCGAAUUCGGGCAGUGUCUUCGCAGUGCAAUGGUCUGGCGGCGAUGGGGUCAGCAACUGGCCACAUGAUAUUGGUCCUUUGAUGACCUACAUGGCCUCCUGCGGUAGCACCCCGUGCAAUGAAUUCGACCCAACAGGUGCCAAGUGGUUCAAGAUCGACCAGCUCGGCAAGGAGUCGGACGGCAACACCUGGUUCCAAGCAGACAUCAUGAACAACGGCGAUUCAUUCGACGUAACACUUCCGCAGAACCUCGCCCCAGGCGGAUACCUCAUUCGUCACGAGAUAAUCGCCCUCCAUCUCGCCACUGAGAUGGGCGGCGCCGAAUUCUACCCCAUGUGCACCCAGGUCAUGGUUCAAGGUAAUGGCAACGGCAACCCAAACCCCACAAUCGCCUUCCCGGGCGCGUACUCGGAUAGCGACCCCGGCAUCUACGACCCCGAUGUAUUUAAUAACGGGUCAAGCUACACCUUCCCCGGCGGUCCCAUCGCGAACCUCGCCGGUACCGACGCCUCCAUGGCCGCGCCCUACACAGGCCCAACCAUCUUCCCCUCCGGUACGUCCGUCGCGCCUAUUCCCGAACCUACAUCGACGGGCGCACAUACGGGGGCGUCAGGCACAUCAACUACACCGCCGUCGACACCACAGCCAUCGUCCCCACAGCAGACCGCAACCUCGCCUGCGCCGUCCACGGGCGUCAUAGGGGGGUCACGGAGCGUCACGUGUCGCCUCAACCUGCCCGGGAGCAAUUCGAACCAGCGGCGACAUUUCAGGCGGUUCCUCCGCCUGCUCUCGCGCUGAGCGUGGCGUGGGCUUGUCCCUCUUUUUCGCGGUGUGGCGCGGUGUGGUGCGCCGGUGUGCUGGUCCGAUGGGUGCCCUCGGUGCCCCAACAGAAGAUGAUCGACCGUCGGUCGUGUAUCUCAGAUGCGACACGAGAUGCAUCCGCCUGGCACACGCCGCGUCUGGGUUCACUCUGUCGCUAUAGACUGGGUCGUGCUCGAGUAUAUAUUCGUAGUUUAUUUCUCUAUGUAUAAAACUUCGUCUGCCAGUCCGU